CGGCCAGUCACUUCCGGCCAAGGACGCCCGGCAGCAGGAAAGGGUUAAGUUUAAAUUGGCGGUCGCUGCGCGGAGUCGGUAGGGGAGAAGAUCUGGCGAUGGACACAGAGGAGAUCGUUGGGGCAGGGGCGCUGGCGGCUGAGGCGUCUCAUGUGGAGCUGGUGGGAGAACCUGAUCCAGAGCUGGCAGCCACGAUGGGCUUCUCAGGCUUUGGAAAGAAAGCUCGAACGUUUGACUUGGAAGCAAUGUUUGAACAAACUCGAAGAACUGCAGUGGAAAGAAGUAAAAAGAUGCUGGAAGCCCGUGCAAGAGAAGAGGAAGCCCAGAAAGAAAAAGAACUGAGAAGCCAACAUGAAGAUAUUGAUUCAGCAACUUCAGGCUCAAGUGUGAUGGGAGCUUGCUCUGCAUCAACUUGCAGAGAGGCAGAAAGUAGUGAAAGUGAAGAUGGGUCAAAUGAAGAAUUAAUUGGUCCUCCUUUGCCAUGCCAAACUUCCAUUCAAGGACCAGCGGAGGAGGAGGAGGAGGAUGAUGAAUUUAUUGGGCCACCACUUCCACCAGGUUAUAAGGACAGUGAUGAUGACGACGACGAUGACGACAUGCAAGAGGAAGAUAAUAACCCUAUCAAGAAAAUUCCAGACUCUCAUGAAAUUACACUCCAGCACGGGACCAAAACUGUAUCUGCUUUGGGUUUGGAUCCUUCAGGUGCCCGUUUGGUAACUGGAGGGUAUGACUAUGAUGUUCGGCUUUGGGACUUCGCUGGAAUGGAUGCAUCUCUUCAAGCUUUUCGAUCACUUCAGCCUUGUGAAUGUCACCAAAUCAAAUCUUUACAGUAUAGCAGCACGGGAGAUGUCAUUCUUGUUGUGUCUGGUAACUCUCAAGCUAAAGUUCUUGACAGAGAUGGCUUUCCAGUAAUGGAAUGUAUUAAAGGAGACCAGUACAUUGUGGACAUGGCAAACACCAAGGGUCAUACAGCAAUGCUUAAUACAGGCUGUUGGCAUCCCAAAAUAAAAGAAGAAUUUUUGACUUGUUCCAAUGAUGGGACUGUGAGGACAUGGGAUGUUAACAAUGACAAAAAGCACAAAGGUGUGUUUAAACCACGGUCAUUUCAAGGUAAACGAGUGAUUCCUACAACUUGCACAUAUAGCAGAGAUGGUAAACUUAUUGCAGCUGGCUGCCAAGAUGGCUCCAUCCAGAUCUGGGACAGGAAUAUGAAUGUUCAUACAAAGUUCCACUGCAGGCAGGCACAUGCUCCUGGCACAGAAACUUCAUGCUUGACGUUUUCCUAUGAUGGUACUGUCCUUGCUAGUCGAGGAGGAGAUGAUACAUUAAAAACAUGGGAUAUCAGGCAAUUUAAAAAACCUAUUAACUCAGUUGAAGGUCUGUCCAGCUUCUUCCCAAUGACAGAUUGCUGUUUCAGCCCAGAUGAUAAGUUAAUUGUCACGGGCACCUCUAUUAAGAAAGGAGGUGGCAAUGGGAAGCUUAUUUUCUUUGAACGGGAGACGUUCCAGAAGGUGUAUGAAAUAGAAGUCACAGAUGCUAGUGUUGUGCGUUGUCUUUGGCAUCCCAAGCUAAACCAGAUCAUGGUUGGUACAGGAAAUGGAUUGGCUAAAGUAUAUUAUGAUCCAGUCAAAAGCCAGAGAGGAGCAAAACUAUGUGUGGUUAAAACAAAACGAAAAGCCAGACAGGCAGAGACUCUUACACAGGAUUACAUUAUAACACCUCAUGCCCUUCCAAUGUUUCGUGAACCACGGCAACGAAGUACCAGGAAACAGUUGGAAAAGGAUAGGCUGGAUCCUCUGAAAUCUCACAAACCAGAACCUCCAGUAGCAGGACCAGGUCGUGGGGGCCGUGUUGGAACUCAUGGAGGUACAUUGUCAUCAUACAUAGUCAAGAAUAUUGCAUUGGAUAAGACUGAUGAUAGCAACCCCCGAGAGGCCAUUUUACGACAUGCAAAGGAAGCUGAGGAUAACCCCUACUGGGUUGCUCCAGCCUAUUCUAAGACUCAACCAAAAGCAGUUUUUGCAGAAGUGGAAUCGGAGGAAGAUGAAACAGACAAUAAGCCAGAGUGGAAAAAACGUAAAAUAUGAAGAACUUGAUUUGGGGAGGGUGACUGUGGAUUCAAAACAAAGUGGAGAGUUUUUUCAUUAUGCAAUAAAAGGUUGAAUUCUUUACAAACAGAAAUUCUUUUAAUGCAUUGCACAGUUUGGAACAAGCCAACAGAAGAUGAUUGUUGCAUUACAGUUGACUAGAAUUGUUGAUCUGCCUUUUGUAAUAAGGAGUUAAUUAUAUUAUGCAGAAAUCUUAUGUCAUUUUCUUAACUUUUGAUUUAUAAAAAAAGUAUUUGUUUGUAAUUUUUAACCAGAAUACAUCUUCGAUGAUUAAUGAGAGAGCAGCAUUUUACUGUAAUAUUCCAUCUGAGGAUUUUAAGUAAGAACAUAAAAACUGGAGUUUUUCGGGCUUCUUUUAUUUAUUCCAAUAACAUCUAUCAAGCUGUGUUAAAAGGUCAUGGUUUCACAUUUUUUAGGAAUAUCAAUUUAGGAUAAUUCUUCAGCAUCAGGUUUGUUUAGCUGAUGUGCUAGUUUCGUAAAACAUCAAAUAUUUUCUAGUAUUUAUGGCUUAUCUGAAAUAAGUUCUUUUGAAUUGUACAGUAUCUCACAUUACUGGUAAAGAUUUUAUUUUAUAAGCCAUAUGGAGUAAGAAUGUACAAUUCUGUAUAUUUAUCUUAAUUAAAACAUUGUACACUUGUUACUUUU